GUUUGUGCUCCAGCCAUUCGUACACAAAUUAAGAAUUGACAUUGACAGUUCUUAGCGUUUCGGGGAAAAGUCAGCCUGUUUUUCUUUUGAUAAACAGUUCUUUUUUCGAAAACGCCUAAAUAAUGGUGGGCGCAAUGCCUGUUAAUAUAAUACCAAAAUUUUGUAACGGUUCCAUGGACAGUCACAAUGGUAUGGAGGAUUCCGAGUUUCAAGUACACAUUGGCAGUCGUGUGAAGUGCAAUAGUGACUUUGGUACGGUAAAAUACAUAGGUGAAGUGCAGGGAUACAAAGGAGUGUGGUACGGGGUAGAAUGGGACGAUCCAGCUAGAGGCAAGCACGAUGGAUCAGUAGAAGAUAUCCCCUAUUUCAAGACCUCUAAACCUGGUGCUGGGUCCUUUAUUCGUCCAAACAAGAUUGCCCCGUUUAGGACUUGUGCUGAUGCCAUCAGAAAGUAUUACGGUGAUCGAGAGGAUGAAACAGUUGCUGCACAUCGUAGGACGGUCAUCAAUGAGUGGAAGAGAGAGAUGGGAGCACCUUUCAUUGAAAUGGUGGGAUUCGAAAAGAUACACCAGAAACAGAAAUUCGAUCUUCUCCUAGAAGUGUGCGUUCACGACCAGAACGUCUCCAAAGCGGGUGACGUGUCCUCUUUAUGCCCCAAUGCUCGCAGUAUCGAUGUUUCAAGGAAUCUAUUUUCCAACUGGCGUGAAGUGAUACAGUUGGCUACUCAGUUGCCUGACAUGAGGGAGUUGGAUGUCAGCAAGAACCGUAUGGCCAUCGACAUGCCCGAAGAGACCUUAUCCCAGCUCUCCGUUAACUUUGCCAACUUGGAGAAACUCAACAUAUCCGUGUGUGACUAUGAAUGGUCAGACAUACUGGCGUUAUCACAUCUCUGGCCGCGAGUGAACGAAAUUAUAGCAGCAUACAACAGAAUCAAAACUAUCAGCCCACCAAUUAACACUUUGAGAUCUUUGACAAUAUUAAGAUUGGACGGUAACCCGCUGGAUUCAUGGUACGAAGUGAUGAAUCUCGGGAGGUUGAAGAAUCUGAAAAUCCUCAGUUUGAACGACUGCUUUCUGGAAGAGAUACGGUUCAACGACGACCCCCAUUGCAAGAUUGACUUUUUUGAGAAUUUAGAAGUGUUGUUUUUGAAUAGGAACAGGAUUAAAGAUUGGCGAUCUAUAAGCGAACUGGACAAACUAAAGAAUCUGAAGAAAUUGUAUUUCCUGAAAAACCCCAUACAGAACACUGAAGACUACGACACCGGCUCACAACUGAUCAUAGCUAAAAUAGGAACACUGCAAGAAUUGAACGGAUCCACGAUAACCAGAGAGGUACGCUGCGGUGCAGAAUACGACUAUAUGAAGAGAUACGGCGCCGAAUGGAAACUGGCCCAAUCGGACCCAGACAGGAAACACGCCUUCAUGUUAGAACAUUGUAGAUUCGACCAGCUUAUCAACAAAUACGGACUCCCCGACGACAGCCUGCUCGAGAAAAAACCCAAAAAACAGACACUCACAUCUCAACUGCUCGAAAUAACAUUGCGGGACGAAAACGGAAAGUCGUUCAAGAAGAAAUUCCCAUCCACAAUGGCAGUACAGAAACUGGUCACACUGGCGCAAAGACUUUUCUCCAGACCUGGCAACAUUGGCUCACCGGAAUUACACCUUUUAGACGAGCAAAUGAAAGGCGCGGAAAUCCUCCUCGACAAUGUUAUGAAAGACCUGGCAUACUUCUCUGUCAAAUCUGGCGAUACCAUAAUUGUGCGUUUCAGAUAGGAAACCUUUAAAAGUUCAAAUUGCAAUUG